AUGGACGACGACGACACGGACGAGAAGCGAGAGUCUGUGACUCUGGUGAACAAACAUUCCCGCAAAGAGUCGUCGAAAACGAGGCUGCUGAUUUCGUCGAAGCUUGCGUCGAUGAGCUCCAGGCUCGAGACACGCCAGAGGAACUCAACCGACGACUCCGACACUAUGGAGUGCGCCUCGGAGAACGAAGUGGACAACAUCCCGAAAGACGAGGAGGCGAUCGAGCCCCUGGUGACUGACGAGAAGGGCAACAGGAUCUCGGGUGGCAGGGAUCGUCGAUCGCUGGACAUUCCCGAGGAGUCAGAGUCUGUCGCGACAGCCAGACAGCAGGUCGUGGCCAGGAUCAGCUUGAGAGUGAGCGAGGAAGGGAGCAGAGUGUCCAGGUACACCGGGACCAAACUGGGUUUAUUCCAUCGAAGUCCUCAGUCCUCGUCGAGCCAGGAGGAGUACGAGCCAGAGGUGAAGAGUCUGUCGAAGAUCCAGAGGCAGCAGCAGCAACAGCAGCAACAACAGCAACAGCAACAACACCUUUUGACGGCUGGCACCGCUGGCCACGUGACGGCCAGGUCGAUGGAGAGCCUCAGAAUGUCGAGGAACUUUCUCAGCGCGGACGAGAGGUCCAUAGAGGACUCGAAGAGCUUGGAGUCCCUGUCCGAGUCGCACGUGGCCAGCUCCAAGAGCCACUACAGGAGCUUCCUGACGUCGUCCAGCAAAGACGUGAGAAGGAUCGUGACCGUCGAGUCGAAGAGCAGCGACAACCUCCUUCACAGGGAGGAGAGCCUGAACGCCGAAGUCAGACGCGGCUUGUUCGCCAACACCGGCCUGGAGAGGAAGAUCCCGCAGCAUCUUAGUCUGCCGCCCCCUUCGAGCGUGUUCUCGCUGACGAGCCCCGGCGGCAGCGACCGGAAGAUCACCAUCCUCAGCCCACACUCGCCGGUCCAGUCGUCCGAGUUCCAGUUCUCCGCGCAGACGCUGAAGAGCAGGCGGAAGAAGGCAAUCGUCUUGCCGAGGUUGGUGUUGCCCAGAAGCGAGUCCGAGGUUUUCUUAGAUAAUUUCCACCGCAGUAAAACCGAAUUGCGCGACAUUCAAACGUCUCUGUACGUGCAUGGUUUGGCCAUGCCUUGCGUGUUCGAUCGAAGAAUGCAAGAUCGAACUACCACGUUCACCCGGCGAGCAGAUAAACAGACGGCUCUUGCAGCUCGGAAGUUUAGAAAAAUCGGAGCAACUGCAUCAAUUUUGCAUCAAUUUGAAUUUCAAUCACGUGGCAGGGCAAUAUAUUUGUGUGACUUCUUAUUGUCAGUUUUGAAUCAGAUUAAUCAAAAUCAAUUUAAAGUGAAUUUUGAGUGUUAUUGACAAAACUUGACAAAAUAAAUUUGACCAAUGACUAUUAGUCUCGAAUACUAAUCACUUCGAAAUUUCGCUCGAGAUUUAUUCGAUACGACCACUUCCUUGAAAAUUAAUUUCAUUCCUAAUUUCCGGUUUAUUUCAUUUAUUUUAAAGAACGUGGAAUACUCGCUGAAGCAAAGUGAAAAUAUUGGCCUCAAGAUACACCGAGAAAUAUCUAGACAAGUGUCGCGAAAUUCUACUCGAUAG